UCCCUGAACAUCUUGCUAAUAGCAGAGGCCUGAGCAGGGGCCUGGAUGGCUGCUGCACCCAGAGAGCAGCACUGGCUUGGCCACGCAGCAGCCUGGGAGUCUCUCCCAUCGCAGCCGGGCUGUGCGGGGCAGCGCUGCCUCCCCGUCCAGGGCUCCUCUCUGGCCGGCUGUUACUCGCCCCUGCUCCGCCCGCUUGUUCUGCAGCGCUGGCAGCCGGAGCCCGCCGCCUGCCCGGGAGAACAGACGGGACCGGUGCCCCGGGACCCGGGAGGGGCGAGGUCGGGACGUCCCGCCGGAGAAAGGGGCCGGAUGCUCUGCGGGGGGCUCUGCCUGCCCCCGCCCCCCGGAGCCUCAGCCUGUGAGUCAUUAACCAGGAGCAGCCGCCGCGGGAAGGAGCCCAGCCGCCUGCCAGCCCCGCCGGAGCCGGAGCCCCCCAUGCGGAAGGUUUGGGUGCCUGGGUUCUCCCCAGCGAGGUCGGGCUCCAGAUGAUGAGCGUGCUAGCACCCGUCCGGAGGGACCGGAUCAUUGCGGAGCUGCCUCAGUGCUUUCACAAAGAGGCCGCCCUCCAUUUGCGCUCCAGCUUUCAUCCCCAAGUAACCGGCGCCUGCCAGGAGCAGCGAACGGGGACAGUGGGCAGGUUUAAGAUCUCCAAGAUCAUCGUGGUGGGAGACCUGUCAGUGGGCAAGACCUGCUUAAUCAACCGGUUCUGCAAGGACACAUUCGAUAAGAACUACAAGGCGACCAUCGGGGUGGACUUCGAGAUGGAGCGCUUUGAGGUGCUUGGUGUCCCCUUCAGCUUACAGCUGUGGGACACGGCUGGCCAGGAGAGGUUCAAGUGCAUCGCAUCCACCUACUACCGCGGAGCACAAGCGAUAGUGAUUGUGUUCGAUGUGAAUGACGUGGCGUCUCUAGCGCACACCAGGCAGUGGCUGGCCGACGCCCUGAAGGAGAACGACCCCUCCAACGUGAUCCUCUUCCUGGUGGGCUCGAAGAAGGAUCUGAGUCCGCCCGCGCAGUACAGCCUCAUGGAGAGAGACGCCAUCAAGGUGGCCAAGGAGAUGCAGGCGGAGUACUGGGCUGUCUCCUCGCUCACCGGGGAGAACGUGAGGGAGUUUUUCUUCCGCGUGGCCUCGCUGACCUUUGAGAGCAGUGUGCUGGCCGAGCUGGAGAAGAGCACCGCCAGGAAGAUCGGGGACGUCGUGCGGAUUCACAGCACUGACAGCGACCUGUACCUGACGGCGCAGAGGAGGAAAUCCAAGUGCUGCCGCUGAUGGGGGAUGCCAGCUCCGCCCCGCCCCGCUGUGUGCGCUGAACUCUCUUCGCUACCAAAGAGCUGCUGGCGGAUCCCAGCCGUGGGCCUGCGGGGGCUGGUGCCUGCUCAGCGGAGAGACCUCUCCCCGGCUCAGCUCCUGCCCAACCAGAGCUAUUCCUUCCCUCUGUGCCCGGGCAACUGGGAACCACAGCCUGGCUCCGGCGCCUGGGCUGGUGCUGGGAUGAAGCAUAGGUGGCAGCCAGGUGUUUGGAAGAGCUGCCAGCACUGCUCCUUGCCCUGACCAGCCCGGAGGGCGAUGGAGGCAGCUGAGCAUCCCUCUGUUCCGUGCCCUGCAGUGCCCCCUCCCGACUGGGACAGGACUCCCCCGUCCCUGCCUCCCUCGCGGGCUAGGGCAGAGCGUGGUCUCUGCGUGCCCCCGCCAGCCUUGUGGCUGGGCAGGGCGCUGCCCUGGUUUUGCUCCUCUGGUGUUAAUGCUGCCAGGAGCCUGCGGCGCUGACUCAGGCCGGCCGCGGAGCCAGGCACCGUCCUGCCCACCUACUGCAACAAGAGCCGGGAAGCAGCUGGAGCAGCAGCCUGGGACUUGCCUCACUUCCACCCACCCAGACCCUGCUGCCUGCAGAGAAAGGGAAGAGACCCACAAGCUCGUUAACUAUGCAAACCAGUGUGUAAUUAGCAAGGGGAGAGGUCUCCUGGCACUGACGCUAUGUAAUAAAGCUGGAUUUCUACA